UGUCCAUCUGUGCUUCAGUUCGAACAGUCUAUGAUCCCGAGCCUCCGCCUCCUCCUCAUAUCUUUGUUUUACCAACCUUCGCUCUUCUUGUCGUACCCCUCGCCAACUCCCACGCCUACCCCGACCACUACAUUGAUUACCCCCGUCUCCUCUUCCGACGUUCUUUCAAACGUGCCACCACAUCCCUCAAAAGAAAACCAAAAAAGGUCCCACGCCCGGAGGCAGCUUACGGGACAUAUCCCUCUACCACGUAACGCGUUCAUUCUCUUUCGUCGCGACUUUUGUCCGCCAAAAUAAAUUCCUUCCUUCCAUCGAAAAGAAACGACAACAUAUCUCGCAUCGCUGGUUCUCUGUGGAACGAUAUGACCUCUCCGCAACAGCAACCUUGGAACAUGUUAACAGGGCAGGAGAAAACCGAACACGCCCUUCUUUAUCCCGACUACAAGCACGAGCCCAGGAAAAGUCCGAGGGUCGCCAGAAAGAAGGCCCACACGAUGGGGUACGCCGAAUCGGGGCAUCGAGGACGGUCUUCGCGAUCCAGGCAAAACGGCGAGUACCCACCUUUGGCUCCGCACUCGGCCAUCUGUCA